AUGGAAUUUCGAUCCAUAAACCAGCAGCGGCAACAACCACAACCGUCAGCAUGUUCGAUCGAAGUUGAGAACUCAUGGGGUCCUCAAGUCCAUGGCUGCGGUACGGAUUUUGACUUGACGCUCCUCUUCCAAGAGGUUGUACUAUUCAUUGGGCCGCUGGCUAUAGCGAUUUGCCUGUUUAUGGUGCGCCUAUGGCAGUUGAUUCAAAGUGAUUCUAUUAUCGCGUCUUCCCUGCUUCAUCGGCUCAAAGUGGGUAGCUAUGUACUGUUAACGCUCCUCCAAUCCGCUCUUUUGGCGGUUCAAGUGUCCCUGCGGCCCUCACUGACCCAGGCAACGAUUGCCGCCUCCUGUCUGGGGAUUAUUGGCGCCUUGAUGCUCCUGGUCGUUUCGCAUCUAGAGCAUAAUCGCUCGGUGCGAGGUUCAACGUUUCUGAUUCUCUAUUUAGGUUUUACUACCAUAGCAGAUGCGCUACGUGCUCGCACUCUAUGGACCAUGCCUCCAGAGAACGGCCCUGUGGCCGCCAUCCUUACCGCCUUUUGUGCCUGUAAGCUCCUGCUCUUCAUCCUCGAGCGCGGGCAUAAAGAGGUCCAGCCCGGGAUCCGCCAACCGACCCCCGACGAGGGAGCUGAUAUCGUUUCGCGGCUCUUCUUAUGGUGGCUGCUUCCAUUAUUUAGGAUGGGGAGGGAAAAGCCAACAAUGACAUCUGAGACGCUCCCCGAUAUUGAGCUCCGACUAACCGUCGCCCACCAUCUGCAGAGCUCAGGAGCAAGCGAUGGUGCCAGCGAGUUGAGCAAGUCAUCCAUUUUUCUGGACAUAUUAGCUUCACGAGGAUCGUUGCUGUUGAGCGGUAUACCCCCGCGAAUCUGCUAUACGGGUUUCCUUUUUGCACAGCCUUUCCUAGUUCAGCGAGCUACUGAUUGGCUCUCGACUUCAUUGGAUGCCAACACCUACAAGGUCGGUGGCGGCCUCAUUGCGGCCUACUUGAUCGUGUACGUUGGUCUAGGGACAACACAGGCUUUCUAUCGUCAAUGUACGGCUCGCGCCAUCACUGCUAUCCGCGCCGACUUGGUUAGCAUGAUACAUAACCACAGUCUGAAACUCAGCGCGUCUUCAUCUGCCCAAGAUUCAGCGUCUACCCUAAUGAGCGCCGAUGUCGAGCGGUUCGUGACGGGAUCGCGCAACAUGCACGAGUGUUGGGCGUGUAUCAUUGAACUCGCCCUGGGCCUGUGGCUCUUGGAACGGCAGAUAGGUGUGGCCACUGCCGCAGCGGGAGGGCUAACCAUUGUUUUCAUCGGGCUAACAUCCCUGGUUGUUGGAGCGGCCGGAAAGCGACAAAACGAGUGGCUCAAGGGUAUGGAGACGCGCAUCGUUGGUACAACGCAGGCGCUCAAGGCCAUGAAAGGCAUCAAGAUGACGGGGAUCGCCUGUACGAUCCGCCGGGAUAUAAUAGGCCUCCGGAGAGCCGAAGUCCGCAAGAUGAGGAGGUUUCGGCAAAUCCUUAUGGUGGUUUUGUGGGCCAUGUGGGUCCCCGUCGUGAUGGCUCCUAUCGUCGCCUUCACCUAUUACAAUGUCUCUAUUGGCCCAAAGUCCGGAUCGAUCCUAACUCCUGCUAUGGUAUAUCAGUGCCUGACCAUCUUAAACCUGUUUGGCAACAACAUUGCAACUCUUCUUGAAAGUUCUGUAAAUCUUGUCACUGCAGGAGCUUCCCUCCUGAGAAUUCAGGCAUUUCUCCUCGGUGAAAAUACACGUCAUGACACUCGAGUGCUCAUGUCAUCGCGCCAUCCACUGCCCGGUAUUGAUGACGACGAAACGCCACUCUUCCGUUCGCCUCGGCGGCUUUCAAACAAUGGUAUCCGCCUGCAGCGGUUGCGGCAAAGUCUCACCCACAGCCCUGCUGCUCUUCGACUUACUCGAGCGUGCGCUGGGUGGAGUACAGAUGGGCCCUUGAUUGUCAACGAUGCGAAUCUGGAUGUAUCUUCCCCAAAUGUUGUGGCCGUGGUCGGUCCAACAGGCAGCGGAAAGACAACGUUACUCCAGUUACUCCUUGGAGAGACACAGUCCACCGAGGGCGUGGUCGGCAUCACAACCCGACAUAUCGGCUACUGCAGUCAGACCCCGUGGCUCACUCAUGCCUCUAUCCGAGAUAACAUUAUAGGGUCGGAAGGUUUCAUGGAAAUUUGGUACAACACCGUUGUUCACGCAACUUCCCUUCAGCAAGACCUCAAUUUGAUGACACUGGGUGACAGCACGAUCGUUGGAGAUGCGGGGAGUACUUUGAGCGGGGGACAGAAGAAAAGGAUAGCCCUCGCCCGAGCAAUAUAUUCCAGGGCACCAGUUCUCAUUCUUGACGACCCAUUUAACGGCCUUGAUGGCCGCACAGAGAGUGCCGUGAUAGAAGCACUGCUUGGACCUGAGGGACUGCUGCGCAAAAAUGAAACUUUGGUCAUAUGGGCAACAAGCACGCUUCAGCAAGCCCGCCACGCUGACCGCGUCAUUUCUCUCACCGACUCUGGCAACAUUCGAAAGAGAGACUCUUUGUUGAUAGCCAGCAGUAAGGCGAAUACAUCCUGGUUUAACGAUGAUUCCGGAGGCGAAGACUCCGCUGUCAACGUGGACACAGGUGCUCUCACCACCAUGGAGGUCGUUGAGGGCAUUGUUGUUGGCCCAGAUCCAUCGUCGAAUGACGAUAGUCAUGCACCCGGAAAGAACCCUGCUGCUUACAGGUAUUAUAUUGGUGGUGGUGGCAAGCGAAAAUUUCUAUUUUUUCUCUGCACAAUCGCCAUCUUCGUUGUUGCUGCUAUGUUCAGUCAGGUAUGGGCAGUUCGAUGGGCCGAUAACAACGUCAUCGACCCUUCCCGCCUUCAAGGGUUCUAUAUUGGCAUAUAUUUCGCGAUUGGGGCCAUCCAGCUAAUUGCUUGGACUUUUGCGGGUCUGUUCUUCAUAUUCAGUAUCGCCGAAAAGGCUGCCGAUCGCUGCCAUACAGUCCUCUUGGAUACCGUCUUAAAUGCGCCUAUGUCAUUUUUUGAUUCUACAGCAGCUGGUAAAACCAUUAACAGAUUUAGUCAGGACUUGCAGCUCAUAGACACUGAGUUGCCGUAUAAUCUGAUGGGAACCGUUACGCAGUUUCUGGUUGCGUUUGGACAGUGCGGUAUUAUUAUUUACGGAUCCCCGUGGUCCGGCAUAGCUAUCCCCGUCGUUGCUAUCGCCGUCUUUUGGCUCCAGCGCACCUAUCUACCCACAUCGCGCCAGCUACGGUUACUCGAGAUAGAAGCUAAGGCGCCCUUAUUCUCCAAUUUUCUCGAGACCCUUAGCGGACUAGCGACAAUCCGGGCGAUGCGGUGGACAUCGGCGUACAUCCACAAGAACAAGUUGGCAGUCACAGCCAGUCAAAAGCCGUUCUACCUGCUCUUUGCGGCUCAGAACUGGCUAAAUCUGGUGCUGGAUCUGAUUACGGCUGGUCUUGCUGUCACUAUCAUGUGCGUGGGCGUAGCUACGCGGUCGCAGGCCAACUCCACGCUCGGCUUAGCUCUCUUUAGCGCUGCCAGUUUCGGCGGGUCGGCCAAGAAUGUAAUACAGCAUUGGACCCAGCUGGAGAUCAGCAUGGGUGCCAUCGAACGUGUGCGUGCCUUCACUGUGAACACCGCUUCCGAGAGACAGGAACAUGGCGGUCUCCAGGAAACUUCCGCAUCCAAAGCAAGGUUUGGAGAGGGCAGCAUCACGUUUUCUAACGUCUCUGCUAGAUAUAAACCAUCUUUACCACUCGUCAUCCGCAAUAUCUCCUUUAAUAUUCAGCCGGGUCAGCGAUAUGCAAUCUGCGGCAGAACGGGGAGUGGCAAGAGCACGCUACUUGCGACGCUUCUACGUCUCAUCCCUGUAGAUAGUGGGCAAAUAGCGGUCGACGGUGCGGACAUUUCCAGAAGCGACCCUGACCAUGUGCGAUCACGAUUCAUUACCUUGCCCCAGGACCCGGUGCUGAUCGGUGGAACGGUGCGCCACAACAUGCAACUUUAUGAACCCCACAGUACAGAACAGGAAAUGAUUACAGCACUCGAGGCCUUUGGCUUGUGGGAUAUCAUUAUACAGAAAGGCGGGAUUGAUACAGUAAUGAAUGACGAGCUUUUAUCUCACGGACAGAGGCAGCUUUUCUGCUUCGCCCGGUCCACUCUGCAGAAAGGGAAUAUCGUCAUCCUGGAUGAGCCUUCCAGCCAGACUGACCGCGUCACCGAGCAGAAGAUCGAGAUGAUGAUUCGCAAGAGAUUCGAGCGCCACACAGUCCUAUGUAUCGCGCACAAGCUUAGUACAAUUUUAAGCUUUAACACAGUUAUUGUCAUGGAAGCUGGCUCGAUUGCCGAGUCUGGUAGCCCUCACGCAUUGCUUGAGGACCGUACGUCUCUGUUAUCUACGUUGAUGCAAAGCCAGCGCGAGCAGGAUCAGCAGGUCUAG